AUGUCCUCUGAUGAACUCCCCACAAGAUGGGAAAUUGAACUAGAAUUCGUUCAAUCGCUAGCUAACAUGCAGUAUCUUACGUAUUUGGCUCAGACUGGCCAUCUAGAAGACCCUGAAUUCCUUAAUUAUUUGGAAUAUCUUGAAUAUUGGAGACAACCAGAAUAUGCUGAACAGUUGGUCUAUCCGGAUUGCUUACAUGUACUAACGCUGCUCAAGUCAAAGGAGUUUAGAAGACAGAUUUCUAAGUUUGAAGUCAGCUCGGUCAUCUAUAACGAUAUGGUCAAAAGAUGGAAGAGUGAAGAUCACGGCGAUCACAGUGAACAGGUUCAACCAGCAACGAAUUAA